UUCAGUCGUGAGAAUUCAUCUCAUGCAUUUCGACAUAUUUCAGUUCGGUCGGCUGUGGGGAGAAGAAUACAUUAGAGGAAAAUUGGAAUGAAUACACCUACAAACGAUUUCAUUUUCAAUAUCAAGACAUUUGCCAUUUCGAAUAAUACUUUUUAAAAGUGGUUCUCUUCAUGGAUAUUUUCAAACCGAUAAUUCUCAGUCUCAUCGGACUUCAGCGACGUCUCUUUGGCAAAGGAAAUACGCCUUCUGAGCAGGGGAGCGAACAUCGAGCCAAAUAUAAACAAGCCUUAUGAUAACACUGAACACUGUAUGUUCCCCCGAGGUCCAAGCGGCUGUAGAACCCCCAGAAAGCUGCAGCCAUGUUAGCCUGCCUACAGAGACGGCAGCAGAACCUCUCAUCUCAGCACCUGGUCUGCACCCCCAAGAUCCUGGAUGCUCCCCCACAGCAGCCGCAGCCCAGCACGCGAAAAAGUGAGCUGUCCUCCAUGAAUGGCCCUCGAUAUCCAUCCCCUGCAGAGCUGGAUGCCUUUGCCCAGAAGACGGCCAGCAGCCCCCUGUCCAUCAAGAUCUUCCCAUCCAACAUCAGAGUGCCGCAGCACAAACAGCUGAACAGGACUGUCAACGGCCUGGACACCACAUGCACCCAGCACUACAGUCCCUACUCAGGAGGCUACCAGGGCCUACUGGGUGUUGUAAAGGCCACCGUUUCCGUCGUCAAAGGCGUGCUGAAAAACUCUGAGGGCAAGAGGACUAAACAUUCCCCCGCCCAAACUGCAGCUGCACCAUACAACCCUCUCAGUAACAACAGACACGGGCAACAGAAGAGCUACCACAUGGGCUCCUGCAAGCCUCCUGACGGGCCCAAAAUGGCUGUUCCCUCUAAUAUCAUUGUUGCUGCCUCUGUCAUCCCCACCCCAGUAGGACAGACACUGGCCUCUCAGUCGGACCUGGAUGUCCAGAGCCUGCUGAGGCAGAUGAACAGACACUCCCACAGCCAGGCCCUGCAGCACGGGGGAGAAGCCCAGCCAAGCCCCUCACGCCAGGCUGUGGCUGCUGUGGCCUGCUCAGACUCUGGCUUUACCUGGGGAGUGGUGCCCCAGAGCAGCCUAGCAUACUCCGGGGCUGUGCUGCCCACCCAGAGCGCAGACAUGGCCCAGGCUGGCUACCUGGAGAGAGUGGACUAUAGCAUGUGGCAGCACCAACAACAACAGCAGCACUACCAACAGGGGGCACUAGGGAUGUACAACAAUGCUCGGAUGGGCAGCGGGGGAGGGGCCGUAGUCAGCCGCUCUCCAGAGACCUGUCUCCCUUUGGCCUGCUCAGCGCAGCUCUCCUAUAGGUGCCAUCCCCUCAGUGCAGGCACUAACGGGGCAGGAGCAGGGAUUGGGCAGGACCGGGUUAGCUCCUCCCCUCUGAACUGUGCUGCUAUGCAUGGGGAGUUCUCUGUGGGCCAGUACUUCGCCCCUCCCUGGAACAGUGUUCUGGUCACCCCGGACAGUGACUGUUACAACCCUCAGGAGCUGGUGCCUGGUUCCUCUAUGGGCCGGGCCAGAGACAUGGGGCUCUCCCAACCCCAACCCCACCCUCACCCUCACCCAAACCAUCACCCCAACCACCAGCUCCACCCUCACCACCAUCCUCACCCCCAGGUCUACGCCACAGACCAAAGCUUGGGCCUCUGUUGUGGGCUGCCCAGCACCAGCCUGUGCCACGCUUCUGUGCUGAGCAGCAGCCUGCAGUCUCUGGAGUGCCUGAUCAGUGAGCUCCACCCGCCCUGCAUCAAGGAGAGCAUGCUGGGACGGGGCUACGAGGCGGUGGGGAUGCCAAGGCUACUAGACCAGACCCUACAGCACACCCACGUCCAGCUGCCUGUGUUCAGAUAAGACAGGAUGUGUCCACACAGGGCACUCAGACUGAAAUAUUGUGUAAAACAGGAACUCCAUGGAUGCAGGUGUGUAAUUUUGAAGAGACCACCUCAGAAUGAGAAACGUACUGUACCUUUUCAUUUAGCGUGUGUGUUGUAUUGGUACAGGGCUAUGUGCUUUGGAAUUGACCAAGUGUUGUAAACCUUAAAAGGGUAAUGAUAAUCAUGACUGACCUGCAGGGUCAUCUUAUUUGACGUCUUAAUGUUUUCAUUACGGAGGAUUUGUUGAUCAAUCAGAGAAUCAGUUCACAUCUGCCACAUUUGUUCCUCAGAAUGUGUUUUGAAGCUUGUUUUUUUUUCUCCAUCUGUCCACUGUUUAAUUUUUAAACCAUUUAAGAAUGUUGUCAUUUGAGGUAAGGUGAAAAGGUGAUGCGCAGGCACUCCUCCUAAUGACCUUUACAAAGUGCAAAAAAAAUACAACUGGAAAAUGGUAUAUACUUAGGGUAUACAAGGGCCCAACUCCAGGCCUCCAGACUGUCAGCUUGUUUUUAUUGAACCCUUACACUUAACUGACCAAUAAAGGUCACUGACUAUAAUGCACUGCUGUAAGAAUGGCAAAAAUGGGUCGAUUGAGACAUGGGGAAAUGUCAGGGAACCGUUUUUAUUUUCAAAAGAAACUUAAUCUUGAAUAUUUUUGUAUUUUUGUUUGGUUGUGCCUAUGUUGGCUGCUAAUGGAGGAUAAUGUCUUUUAUAUAAUGAUUGACCUCUGUUUUUGUUGUCUUCUCUACAAUUAUGACUGUCUGUUACCACGCUGUUGCUAGGCCUCAUGUCACAGGCAAGAGAUCUGCUAGCCAUCACGUUAAUGUUUGAUGGGAUGACAGACUUACCAUGUUUUACCCAAAACAGUACUGGGACAUUGGGGACGGGAUGUGUCAUUUGAUUCUCUGAUUUGUUCACAUUUUGCUCUUGGCUUUGGUUGACAUUCAUCAUUUAGGUCAUCAAUCACAAAAAUACUACCUUAAUCAACAGGAGUCCCUCCAAUAGUUUUCCGGAGACAGGAGAAAUGUGUUUUCAAACUGAAGGCAUGACUAUCAAAUUGAAGUAUUCCAUGGUAGAUCAUUGGUUUACAAAUGAGUCGAGUUCACUGGAGAGGUGUCCCUUACUGAUCACUGGAGAACAGGCUUUUCUUACAGUAUAAUUCACUGCUUUUCUGUCAAUGUUUUCUUUCUGAAAAUAAGAUGUUUCUUUGUAGUGGUCUAUCUGAUGCCUGAGAAGUAUGGCUAUAUAAAGAAGCUCUUUAUGUCAGCACUGUCAAAUAUGACUUUUCUUUUCAACCAGUCAGUCAGGAUUCUGUUGGUUGACAAUGUACAUAACUGACUCAAUGAUUAUGAAGUGCAAUUACAAUAUUUAACAGGUAUUUAACUCUACAAACAUGUUGAAAUGACUACAUUUACAUGAGUACAUGCAUAGCCCUAGACUCCCAUACCCAGUCUCCUAUUCUUAAUUAAGAUUGUCAAAUAAAUAUUUUUUUUUCUUCUAA